UAGAGCUCUUUUGGCUCAAUUGGAAUCGUGCUUCUCAAAUUCGAUUCGAACAAAAAAGGACAGAAAAUGAGUUGAAGUGCAAUCGGAGUGAUGGAGUGGUCAGUGAGAGAUAGAGGUGUGCUAGAGAAAAAGAGCAAAUAUGAGGAUAGAGAGAGAGAGGUAUAGGUGAAGAAGAAAUGUUUGUUUGGCUACUCAAAAAACGUUUGGUUUUUUUCUCAUUGAUGUGAUGUAGAUCAUAGACAGAUGGUUUAACCUACAAAAAAUGCGGGAAUUUUUCGCCCAGAAAACUGUGACGUCAACAUACACUUAACCGUGUAAAAUCUGCUUCUAGACGCGUCUAAAUUCCCGCGAUUCUAGUAGAUCAAACCAAUAUGGGACACUCUGACACCAUGUGCAAGAAAUGAUAGUAUACAGUAAUGCGAGAAAGUAAAACUAGGCCAGACGGACCAGUUGCACGAGCAAAAGUAAUCAGCGUGAUCUCUUGUUUUGUUGGCCUAUGGAGCCGUGGAAAUACGUGGAUUCGAAAUUUUUGAAAAUUUGACGUCACAGAGCAUCAAAACCACGUGGCGCAACAAUUUCCAGAUGCCAGCCUGGGAUGGGACAAGCUGACACCCGUGCACAAGAAGUUUUGCUUUUGUAGACACUUAUUAAGACAUAAGGCAGCUAUUUGCGGCUUAAAGAAAAACCACCCCGACCACUCUACUGACGUGGAAUUUUUCGGUCAUUAGUUCUACAGAAUUACGAAUAUUUUAUAACCGUUAAUUGCGGUCCAUAUUAUAUAACAGCCAGACAUUUCCAAAGUUUACCCGGAAGAAAAAUCUCGGUGUUUUGCACUUUUGCUAAUCGAACAAGUAUUUGGGCGGCGCUUGUGCGGACACAUAUGGGGUCGAGCCGGGGGUAAACAUUGAUGCUACCUAUAAAAGGUAUGAAAGAGGAACCGAAAGAACGCAGAGAACAUCAUGAUCUCUUCAACCAAACUUUCGAUUCUGGCCUUGGCCCUCGUCGGAGCCGUGUUGGCUCGACCACAAUUCCCAGGUGGUCCACCACCGGGUAUGAGUGCCGUUCCACCACCAAUUGCCGCAGUUCUCCCUCCAGAGACUCUUGCUCGCCUCGAGGCCAUUCACGCCGACUCAUCGCUCUCCGAACUUGAGAAGCACAAGGCAAUUGACACGAUUAUGGUGAACCUCCCAGAGGAGGUCCACGACCGUAUUCCUCCACCACCAGGAUUUGCUCAGCUGCCAGCUGAAGUUCAGGCUCAGUUGAAGACGAUUCAUCGUGACAAGAACUUGGACUUCCAGGAGAGACAGGCUGCUAUUCACGGAGUUCUUGAGAAUUUGGCUCCCGAAUUCAAGAGACUUCUCCCACCACCACCACCAGGAUUCCCACAACGCCGUCAAUAAUGUAGCCGCUCAAUUGUGAUAUUUUCUGUACAUAUAUGAAAGAAAACUGAAUUAAUUUAUUUGAAUUUCAUUAAAAAUAAAAUAUUUACUAAUUAAAUCUCAU